CAGUAGACAUAACCUCGUACUUUCCGAGCACAACAUCGAAUAUGUUGUAAUUCGUGGAGGUGACGAGUUGUGACUUGUUAUGAGUUGUGAGGGUGCUGUAGGUAGUAAAUGUCAUUCGAGGAAUAUUAACUGGACGAUUAAAUUGUAGAAAUAAUAACGAGAAUUAUUCGUAGAAUGUCGACAAAUAGAGUAGUAACUGUUGUGCAGGAUGAGGAUAACGUAAUUGCAGAAGUUUGUAACUUGAUCCAAAGUAUAUCUAAGAAAGCAAUCGAAAGAGAUGAUGUAUUCAAAAUUGGACUAUCAGGUGGAUCACUCACAAAGUUUUUAUCCAUUGGAUUACCGAAAAUUGAUACCGAUUGGUCAAAAUGGAGAUUGUUCUUUUGUGAUGAAAGAGUUGUUCCGUUAGAGAGUGCAGAUUCAACGUACGGAAUCUACAAGAAUGCGUUACUAGGAGUUUUACCAUUAACUGAACACCAGUUUGUGAAGAUUGAUCCCCAUUUACCAGCUGAAGAAGCAGCCAAAGAUUACAUUCAGAAAAUGGCUGUUCACUUUCCACCUGAUUCACUUCCACGGUUUCAUCUUUUACUGCUGGGAAUGGGUCCAGAUGGACACACAUGUUCCCUCUUCCCAGGACAUCGUGUUUGUGAAGAGACGUCUGUGUGGGUUGCACCCAUUACUAAUGCCCCUAAACCACCACCGUCAAGAAUCACAUUCACCUUUCCAGUGGUUAACAAUGCAGAAAACUGUGUGUUUGCUGUUACUGGAGCAACAAAAGCUGAAAUAGUCAAGCGCGUACUGAAAGAUAACGAGCCACUGCCAGCUGGGAGAGUGAAGCCAACGGAUGGAACGCUUCAUUGGCUGCUGGAUUCAGAAGCUGGCGUACAUGUAAAGGAUGUGCAAUAACUACAGUCACAACAUAUUUUGGGAUACUUAUAAGACAUGCAUUUAAGAUUUCUAAGGAAUGAUCUCUUUUCAAUAAUGAUUACUGUUUUGUGAAUAUCACUAAAGUUUGAAGAGUGUCAUUUAGAAAUCUUGAUGUUGGUAUUGGUCUGGGGAAGAAACCUUUUUAGAAUUGGGAAUAAUAUAUGCAGCCUAAUUUUGUUUGGUAAAUGUUAAUGUAGGGCAUGACAGUGGUUGUAUUAUUAUAUCGAGUCUAAACAAAUCAGAACACAGAAUCAGUUUUUAUCUUUUUAACAGCAUCUUGAUACAUUGUAUAGGGCCCACUGAACUAGUUCUACUUCACAUUCAGUAUUGUAAUUGCUACAAUUUCAGCAUGUGUACGAAACAGAUGUAUUCUCAAAGUAUGAAUCCUAAGCAUCUGCCGAUGUCAGAGGUGGUCUGAUCCAAGUUUUCUGCAGUAGACUAUUCUGCAUGAACUGAAUGAUUUUGAACUGGUUUUUGUUUGAUAGAAAUAUAUGUCAAUUACGUACUGUCUUGAAUACUGCAUCUGCAAUGCAGUCAUUUAUACAGGCAUUCUGGGAACUUUUUUUAUUAUAUAUAUAUAUAUAUAUUUAUCGGGCACUUUGCAGAACAUGGUCUCAAGUAGGAUUUUACAAGUUUACAUGCUAUAUGCAUAUUUUCCCCUGAAUUAUUAUUUUUUAUGCCUUUGUUAUGUUGAUAAUCCAUAUGUUUUGUAUAUUUGAACUUGGUAUUCCGUCUUGUUAUAAAAUUAGGGCAGUGAGCGAUCGUAGCACACCUAUGGUUACAAGCUUCUUGUAGGAAGAGGGCUCUAAAUAUGUUGUAUUAGAAUUACGAAGUGUUCAAGCUUUAUUCAACAGACAAUACCAAUGCAAAAACAUCGAUUUUAAUGUUUUUGUGUAUGCAUAGUCAUUUUAUGGUUCUGUUUUGGGGACAAAUGUUCCCACUUCCAUAUCUUGAGAACACUGCAAGGAUUGGUGCAGAAGUGUAGUACUUAAAAAAAUGAGUAUAUUGUGACAUAGGGACACUAUGACAAAUCAGUUUACAGAGUCUACACAUACAGGCAACUCCCCAAAUACAGUUUCUGUCUCUUCACUUGACACACACACACACACACACUGUCCGUCAAGACAAUCUGGUCCCCGAACUUGAUGCUUUUCACACACACACACAGCCCUCGGCCCGUAGCACCCCCACUGGACACACGCUGGCUCCUCAGCUGCCACGGUCCACGAACCCGGUGCUCCUCACAUGGCAGCCGAUCCUCUUCUCGCUCAGCGCCACACCAGACCACUCGAUGCCUCUGCACUCUCUUCAUACAAUUUGUACUCUUCCACUAGAGACCCCACACAAGACUCUCACCAGACUCUUCUUCACUUGCCAUCCAAUAUCAACUCGCCACUAACUAUCCACACUCCACUCUCACAACUCACGGGAAGGCGACCUUUUAUAUUCGCUGGCCCAGCUGUGGAAGGUUCCAGGCAAGGAUAUCUGGAAUUUUCGCUUUCUCGAAGGCUGUGAGGGGAUUACGGUGUCUGGAACAGUCCGCGGCGGCCACUCCUACAGUCCGCAUCCGCUAGCCGGGGAGGGGAGUUAGGCGGCCCCUCCCCUCCAGCGUGAGCCUUCGGCUCUUACAGUGCCACAUCACAAUAUUUACACACACACCAUAUUCCUUGUCAUUGAAAGUGCUUUAUUUACUAAGUUAUUAGUGAAUAAAUUAUAGUGCAAUAGCAAUACAUUUGUCAGUGUAAUGCUUGUUGAUACAGUUGCUAUGAUAUUAUACCACUCAUAUUUCUCGUGGACGUAAAAUAUUUUACAUUGAUGUGACUGUGAUAUCUUUCUUAUUAUGUGCAUGAUAAAAACCUUCUGUCUGUUCCAGUGAACCGUAAAUUUAAGUCUGUUCAUAUGAAGCGGAAGUAGUUUAAUGUUAAGAAAUUAGUAUAUACAUUCCGUUAGAAGGAAGUAUUGUUACAUGAAUAGAAUUUCCACAAAGAUUUGGAUCUCCCACUGAAAUACCAAAUAUGUUAGAAUAUAAUUAACUACAUUAUCAGCUUCAGUGCAGUGAGGAUGAAACAUGUCAGUAGGAUUGACAAUUAUGUUCAGUAUUGACCUCCAUAUUUGAAGCAUUAUGUAGUUAAAACCAAAGAAUUGUGGUCUCUGUGCUAAGCUAAAUUUGAACAUACAUAGCAUAUGGCAGUAAUUUGCUUGAUUAUAAGGCACACUAAAUAUUUGUAACAUUCUAUACAAUAAGCAGUUUGUACAAAUAAAUUAUUGUAUCAUCACUACAA